AAAGGAGGAACGAAGAGCUGGAGGCCGAGAGGGCAGAGCUUGCACAAAAGGUCCAACACCUGCACAGUGAGGUGAAAAAACUCGUUGCACAGAAGACAGUACUCGUGGAAAAGCUUGAAACAUCCACGAAAAAGAUUCGGGAGCUGGAGCUAGAGAGAGUAGCCCUCAUCAAAGAUUUCAACGAAAGAAUCAGUGAAAUGAAACUCCGACUGAAAAAUGAAGUUGCGGCGCGUGCAACGCGAGUGUAUUCUCUGGCGGAGCUGAAGGAGGCUACAAACGACUUCAACAUGACUCUGGGAAGUGGUGAUGCAGAUUACAACGAGUCUGUUUACUCUGGAAAACUCCACGAUGGUACGCCUAUUAUGGUGAAGAAGGUGAGGGUUACAAGCACAUGUCGAGGAACUGAUCAUGUGGACUUCAAGGACAAGGUGGUGGACAGGUUGAGAAUGUUGCAGCAUCCCAAUUUGUUGAGGCUGUUGGGAGUUUGUUAUGAAGAGAAUUGUUUGGUGUACGAGGACGUGGCAAACGGAAGUCUGAAGCAGUGGAUUUCAGGUGGGGACAAUCACAGGAGAGGAUUUCUCCCAUGGUACGUGCGCCUUCGUGCGAUGGCAGAAGUCGCUCGGGCAGUAUCCUUCCUCCAUGAUAGUGACUCUGACCAGCUGGACAGUGGUGGUCCCAUCAUCCACGGCGCCAUCAAACCAGCAAACAUACUUCUCGAUCACAACUUUGUGGCCAAGAUUUGUGGUGUUGAUCGSGCUCUCCUUGUGUCCCARCAGCCCUGCGGAGGGCAGGCCUCCGAAGGUUCUUUUCGCGCUUUCCUUGGAAGCAACUCUGAAUACAUGGCACCCGAAUAUUUGCGGUCUAGGGUUUGCAGCGAGAAGACAGACAUCUACGCGCUGGGUGUGACUCUUUUGGAAGUUCUMACUGGGAAAUUCUGGAAUGCAGYGGGAAUCAUCGAAGAUGCGAUGGGAGGAGGUGGUGCAGCRYUUGAAAAUGCUCUUGAUCCCAAUGCAGGCUGUUGGGAUGUCGGUCUGGCUCGGGAGGUGGCAGGCUUGGGGCUGCGCUGCACGAGCCUGGACAAGCGGAAUCGACCGGACAUGAUGACAGCCGAUGUUGGUAUCGUAGUUACAUUGGACAGAAUUGCGGGAAAAGUGGAGCUCGCUGCAGCAGCUGAAGGUGGAUAAAGAAAUCAAUGGGGCCACGCAGA